AUGGAGGCCAUCACCGGACCGGGACCUGGCAAGGCCAUCUCGGCCUCCUCCCAGGCUGGCAGUGACUUGAACACCAGCGCGGGAGGCACAUCGAGGCAGAGUGCCAACGUCGAGCGGCGGAUUGCCUGGCUCGAGGAGGAUGUCGCAGUUCUACAUCGCCGAGUCAAAGCAGAGUGCAGCGACUUAGGAGGCGGUGCGGCUGGUGACUCUGGUCUCCGUGCCCUUGUGGCACGAUUGGAUGGCGAGCUGGCUCAGGAGAGGCGGAUGCGGGAGCUUCUCGAGGCCAGGAUGGUGACGGUGGAGGAGAACUUGAAUGCCGAGCGCAAGGACCGCGAGGCCAGCAUCAACACACUGGCAAGCGAGCUGGACAAGACAAUGAAAGGCCUGAUUGGCCGCAUUGACGAGGGGUUGUCACAAGGGGCCGCGGCGAUGAGGGAACGCACUGAUCAAACAAAGGUACGCCUGCAUUCGUUGAUCAAACGGGUUGACGAAGGACUGACCGCUGGUGCUGCAGCUCUGCAGGAUAGCCUCAACACUAACACCAAAGACGUCUUGUCGGAACACAGCCGCACCAGCAUCCCGUCGCGAUCUGGCGGCUGCCGCGGCAGUGUCUCGCCAACGACGAAGCAGCAGCUCCAACAGAACCAGGCGUACCCGCAAAAGCAGAAUCCACAGCAGCAGCUUGAGCAGCAGCAGCUGCAGAUGCAACAGCACCAGCAGCAGCAGGCAGCUCCACGGACGUUGCAAAUUCGACCUGGCAUGGACCAGAGGCUAGGAAACACUAUGAGUCGACGUUCGCCGCAGACGAGCCAGGCGCCUUCUGUGCAUCGCUCUCCGGCGCAGACACCAUCUUCUGCAUUUCCCGGCUCAAUGCAGGUGCCCGGAAGCGGUCUCGGCGCAGGCUAUUCUCAGGUGCAAGGAGGCCCUGGGAUGACCUUGGGAGGCUAUCCAAGGGCUCAGGUGCAAACCGUUCCAGCAGGCGCACGAAGCCCGCAGCAAGUUAUGAGAGUUUUGCGCAACUGA